UUGAAACAAAUGAAACCGAUAAUAUUGGUUUUGUCACAGAGAGUAAGUGAAGGGAAGUCUGAAGAAGUCAACGAAAAUUCCAUUUAUCCGACUGCACAAUUCGUUACUGCAUUAGCCACUCAUUAUGAAGAACUGUUCGAAAGCGAAGACGAAGUUAAUGAAUUACUCGAGCUACUUGGUCAAAACGGCAAAUCAACAAUUGAAUGGACGACGUACUACGAAAUAUUAACCAUGUUGGGGGCUUUACAAGUGAUGGAAAAUAUAAAAAAGGAGUUUAAUUCAACAAUAGGCUCCGGUGUUGCUGAUUUUCAUGAAUAUAUAAAUGGCACAUGUACUUCUGUUCAUCCGACAACAAUGACCCUAUCAAGAACCAAGAAAAAAACGGUAAAUACUUAA